CAAGCAUUGAUACUGUACCAGUUUAAAUCUAUUCCAAAAACAUUGCACAUUGUGUUUUCUUUCUUUUUCUGUAUCGCCUGAUGAUCAUGUCCCUCCUCACAUUGUCACGUAUCAUCAUACCUCCCUUUGUCUUCGUCGGGUUUUACUGUCUACACUUGUUCGGUGAAGCCAACGGUACAUUUCCCCUGAUCGUCGCACACCAAGAGAAGCGUCAGCUACCCACCACCGCCGCCGUCGGAAGACCUGCUUUCGCAGAGGGCUUCACGGGGGUCGACCCUCCCGACGGACUGUUGUCCAUCCUGGUGGUGUUCUUCUGGCCUUUGGUCGAUGGAGAGAACCCUGGAGCCAGUCUUUUGACUUUCUUGUUUGGCGGUCAAAUCGUGGCUUUUUUGGCGGUUGUAACACUAGAGGCUUCGAGAAAUGCCAACAGGGGAAGAAUCAUUACCUUUACCUCCAUCUAUGGACUUCUCUUCCAGUCCAUCGGAGCAGGGGUCAUGGUCCCAUUAUACCUGACCAUCUACCUGUUCACCUCACCACUGGUGACGUCGAACACACCACUUGCACCGUCCGCGUUGGCCGUCGACCAGGGGAUUUUGGGUGGUCUCCCCUUUGGCGUUUUAUUGGGAUACAUCGUUCCAUCGAUCGCCAUGUCACUACCAGACCCGACAUUGAUAUCCCAAGAUGCCAAGGUCCUUGCGAUCGUCGUCUGGCAGUUGUUCCCAGUAUGGACGAAUUUAUUCACCUUCCUGGCCCGCAAGAGUAUCGUUCCUCUCUUUUCAGGAGAGUCGGCCAACAACAAGAACCAGUUGUCCCAACUGAAAACCGUCUACAAAUUAGCCAUGGCCGUCAGCGUCCCGACGCACGUUGCGACCUGGACAUUGUCUCUCUCUACCGUUUUAUUUCCCGUACUGUUCACCCCCAGCACGGUCGACGCUUUUCAUCCGCUCAACGUCAUCCUGCCACCGAACCCGCUGGGAGACAGUAAGGCGUCAAGCGUGGCCCAAGGCGCAAUGUGGUUCCUUCAAUACGAUUACCUCAUCACCUCGUUCGUCUACGUCGUUUGGGGCAUUGUAUGCAGGUACGGCAAGCUCGGCGGCUUUGGAUUCACAAGUCUGUUGGACGUCAUCGGGAGAUGCGCCAUCAUGGGUCCCAUAGCCACCGCUCUCCACCUACUCCAGGACCGUGACGAGAUGGUUUUUGCAGCUUCACCCGAGACUUUGACCACAAAGAAGAAUGCAUAAAAGAAACUGUCCUGUCGCUUGUACCGAGGACGUGGAAGACUCUUGCUUGCCAGCUGGACUCUGGAUUUUAUUACUGACUAAGAAAAAAAUUGGGGUAUACGUAAAUGCGUG